AUGGCAACGCUAUCCUCCUCAAAGGCCGGGUUCUCCUUCAGCUGGAGUCCCGUCUCACAUCCCGCCUGGGCGCCUCCAGCAGCUCCGCGGCUCGCCUACCGGGCCGCCUUAGGCCCCGCGACUCCCAAACGCCCAGCGCCAAGGCUGUGGCCGGCCGCAUCAUUCGAGUUCAGGGCCCCCUUAGCCCCUCCCGACGGUGUCUCUCCAGCGGCUUUUCCGCCUGAGAUGUUCUUCCCGCUCUGCUUGACCGUCCCGGCCUUGCCCGGCGACUUAACCUCCACAUACCGCUUACCACCACCGGACCCUAUGCCGGACCGCCGCCUAUCCCGAUCGCCACCACCCGAACCUUCACCACCACCCCCGCCGGAGCGGGGAGGAGAUCGCCUGUCCCCCCUACCAUGCCCAGAGCGUCUCUCUCUAAAACACUCUAGUGAGAGAAAUAAUUGGUGGAAAAUGAAGAACCCCCUCCAAAGUUUUUGGGUUCCUUGA